AUGGCCAGUACUGGUAUCUCUCACAUAGGAACGGUGAAAUCCAAACUAACCAUUCAAAUCAUAGCUAUGCUUGUUCGGAUGUACCACAUUGAUACCAAAUUCCACCCUUGGUUGUCGGAGGCCCACGAUGCUAUUAUUGACGCUUCCGAAGGCUUCGUGGGGGUUUACUGUGUAUUCUUCAAGUCUGGGUUGUGUCUCCCUACUUUUGAUUUCCUCAAAACCGUCUCCUUCUCCCUUCGUCAUGGCUUGGUGGAGCUAUGCGAUGGCCUUCCCACUUCUAUCAAAUACUGGAAAGAAGAGUUCUUUUUCGUUCACUCCUUUUCCUUUUCAGGACCUAUGGAGUAUGGUGCAGCUGUUGACAGGGUUGUCGACCCCACCCUUGAACUCUCGCCUGAUGAACUGUUGAUAACGAAUAGGUUGGAGAGCAACUUUGUUCGGUGGGCAGUUCCUGAUGAAGUGGUGUUGGGUAUGGCGGGCAUGAGUCCUCAUUGGAGUCGUUUAGGUAAGAAGCCUGUGGAAAUGUUUGAGGGGGAAAAACAUAACCCUUAUCGAUUGUAUUCAUCGAAAGCACAACGUGAACCCUGA